UGGGCUUGGUGGCGGGUGGUUGCUGGAAGGAGUCUCAGCAGGAAAGCUAGGCUGGGGAGGAGUUCCCCGCUCAGACGAGGCCCUUCCAGAUGGCCGUUUCCAGGGGAAAUUGAUUCUGUGUGAGAUUCUGUCACACGUUUCGGUGAGGAUGAGGAACUGGCGUUACUCCCCUGUGUGAUGCUACAGUGCAACGGAAAGCACAGGGAUAAGAGUGGGGUGGCAAAGUCCUAGGCUGCAGCACGUGAGGAUAAGCCCAAGUGCCGCAGCUGAGAAAUAACGCAGAAAGGAAGGAAAAAAGCUGCUGACCCUUGGAAGGCCUCGGGCAGGCAGGGAUCUCCAGUCAGACACCCUUGCCUCCACUGCCAACCCUUCAGUGAGGUCUGGGAAGGGUCUGCAUGCACCUGAGCUCCCCUGGGUUGGCCCUGCCUUCCCACCAGGUGCUCAAUCACUGCUUCAAGCUGUGACUGAGCAUUGCCACCGCACCCCUGCAAAAUUGCUGCUGGGCCCCAGCCUUCAUUUCAGACAUUCCAAAGGAAGAAGAGCACAGACUUCACAGAGUGCAACUUGUGCUUUAUUGACCCACCGAUGGCUGGCUGUGCCGUAUCCAGCAUAUUUUUAACAAAACCCCACUCGAGUCACGGUGGAGAGCCAAGUGCUCAGCUGGGGCACGGACUGUCCGGUGACAUCACAAGCACAGUGACCUCACAAGCACUGUCUUUCGGGCCGUGGCUGCCACCAGUGAGUGCCACAGCCGUGAGCGCUGCGCAGGAGUGCGGACACGCUGCGUCAGCCCUCGUCCCGGCUGGCAGUGAGAGUGGUGGUGGCUGACGGGUGCUGCCCGCUCUCGCUGACGGUGUUGCUCAGCCAUCGGGCUGGUGUGUUAGCUGGAAGGGAGAAGGCCUGCAGCUGUGCCUGGGUAAGCCACAACCGUAGGUUCGUCAAACACGUGAGUCGUACCAGUGCAUCCCUUGCAGCUGCAGCAAGGGGAGAAGAUGGAUUCAUUCUCAUGACAGGAACGCAAAAUGUGUGCUGCAAGUUAUGUAACUGUAGGUGAGAUGGAGGACAGUACUUGCUGGGAGAGGUCGUGGCAGUUAGACGCAAGUUGGAUCUAGAGUUGGCACAGUUCUUCAACCAGCUGCUUCCGAGACGCUGCCCUCCUCGAGAGUCUAAAUUGCAUAAAAGGAAAGCUGGGGAAAUGCUUAUUCCUCAUUCUUUUCCGGUUCUUGACCCUUUCCUCAGGGUCCCGGUCGGAAAGGCGAUUUUGCGGAUCCAAGCAGUCCAAGAAGGAGGGCGUCCGGCUCUUUCCAAGAGCAGGGAACUCCUCUGAAGCCGAGCUUGCUCUGAGAAUUUCAUCAUGUCUCAGCGAGGAGUCGACUGCUACUUCUAUUUCUACUCCACCUGCACGAAGGUAUGGUUGGGUUUCCUUUGCCUGCAUUUUCUUCCUUGUCCUCAUUCGUAAGAGAAAGGGGUGGAGCAGGGGGAGACCUACCACUGAUGCGUUACCUUCACAACCGGUGGGAUUCUGCGCUCGCUGCUAACAAGCUGGGCUGAUAGCAUGGGCACGUUUCAGGCCGUACUCUUAUUUUCCCGUGUGGUUUCCUUUUGCGUGCAGGGAGACAGCUGUCCCUUCCGCCACUGUGAAGCGGCUCUGGGGAGCGAACAAGUGUGCCGGCUGUGGGUGGAGGGUCGCUGUUCCAGUGGCAACUGCAAGUUCAGGCACAUGAGAAUUGAUAAGAAGCGCAGUGAGAUUCCGUGCUAUUGGGAGGAUCAACCAGGAGGCUGUCAGAAAGCCCACUGCGCCUUUCUCCACUUGAAGGAACGCGGUGGGAACGGACUGGCCGUACCACCAAGCCAAAAAGCUGACGCCAGUGGCCUUCCUCCGAAGAGCGGCCUUGCAGGAAGUCUGGGCAAGAAGCCUGGGAAGGCACCAAAGAGAGUUGACAUCCCAACUUCCUCCCAUGGCCCGGCUGGAAAAAAACGCAAGCGAUCUGAGGAGGAGGAGGGAAAAGUAAAAGAAUUGCCCUGCAAGAAACGAGUCAAGGGUGGACGCAAGGAGGCCGUGAAGCCUAUUGAUUGGAAAACCACCUUCCCCCCCAAGCAGAAACGGAAACGAAAAGCAGCAGAGAUGCAUCCAUCUGCUGCUGAGGACACAGAUGAGCCCCCAGCUAAAAAACUACCUACGGCCAUCGUUCCAGCCCUGCCCGGGGACAGCCUGGUGACCAUUCCUGCAGUCGAAACACCUCCAAGCAGCCUGGAACUGCUUCCAGGAAGCCAGGCGGACUCCGUGGCACAGUCGGAGGUCUCAAGUGCACCAUCCUAUUCCUCACAAGACGCAGCUGAGACACAGCAGCUGAGCUGCGCAGAGGCGGGGGAAGCACUCGUCUCUGAAGAGGACGAUCUCGAGCAGUUCAUGAUGGAGAUCACAGGAGAACUGGAAGGAGAAAUUGAGGUGGACGCUGAGAAGGAUGUGGACGAGCUCCUUCUGGAACUGUCUGACAUCAUUGACAGUGUAACACCAUAGACUGAUUGUCUAUUUUACAACCAACAGCAACAACCACCAAUUAAAACCAACCCUGUUCCUUUUCAA